GGAAGUGCCUACGGUGGCCGGGGAGGCGGCGGGGCAGGGCCUGGGCAUGAGGCCGGGCGGCGAGCGGAGCGCGGGUGGCGGCGGCGGCGAUGAGCGACAUUGUGGAGAAGACGCUGACGGCGCUGCCGGGACUCUUCUUGCAGAACCAGUCGGCUAGCGGGCCCGCGGCCGCCAAGGCGUCCUUCUCCUCCCGACUGGGCGGCCUGGUCCGCGGCAUCACCGCUCUCACCUCCAAGCACGAGGAAGAGAAAUUAAUCCAGCAGGAGCUGAGUAAUCUGAAAGCAACUGUUUCUGCUCCUACUACAACUCUGAAAAUGAUGAAGGAAUGUAUGGUGAGACUUAUAUAUUGUGAAAUGCUUGGAUAUGAUGCUUCCUUUGGUUACAUACAUGCAAUCAAGUUGGCACAACAAGGAAACCUUUUAGAAAAAAGAGUAGGUUAUUUGGCUGUUUCUUUAUUUCUACAUGAAAGUCAUGAACUGUUGCUUCUCCUUGUGAAUACAGUUGUAAAGGACUUGCAGAGCACUAACCUAGUAGAAGUAUGUAUGGCACUUACUAUCGUCAGCCAGAUUUUCCCUCGAGAAAUGAUUCCAGCUGUUCUUCCAUUAAUAGAAGAUAAACUUCAACAUUCUAAGGAGAUUAUACGAAGAAAAGCUGUCCUAGCAUUAUAUAAAUUCUAUCUCAUCGCUCCUAAUCAAGUACAGCAUAUCCAUAUUAAGUUUCGGAAAGCACUUUGUGACAGAGAUGUUGGGGUCAUGGCUGCAUCCUUGCACAUAUACCUUAGGAUGAUUAAGGAGAAUUCAUCCGCAUAUAAAGACUUGACUGGGAGUUUUGUAACAAUUUUGAAGCAAGUGGUUGGAGGAAAACUCCCCAUAGAUUUCAAUUACCACAGUGUACCAGCACCAUGGUUACAAAUUCAGCUGUUGAGAAUACUAGGACUUCUAGGAAAAGAUGAUCAAAGGACAAGUGAAUUAAUGUAUGAUGUUCUCGAUGAAUCCUUACGAAGAGCUGAGUUAAAUCACAAUGUCACAUAUGCUAUUCUGUUUGAAUGUGUACAUACAGUCUAUUCUAUUUAUCCUAAAUCGGAAUUACUUGAGAAGGCUGCCAAGUGCAUUGGAAAAUUUGUUUUGUCACCUAAAAUAAAUCUCAAAUAUUUAGGAUUGAAGGCUCUUACCUAUGUUAUCCAACAGGAUCCCACUCUGGCUCUUCAACACCAGAUGACAAUAAUUGAAUGCUUAGACCAUCCUGAUCCCAUUAUUAAAAGAGAGACUCUGGAACUUCUUUACAGAAUUACUAAUGCACAGAAUAUAACAGUGAUUGUCCAGAAAAUGCUUGAAUAUUUACAUCAGAGCAAAGAAGAAUAUAUUAUUGUCAAUUUGGUUGGCAAAAUAGCUGAGCUGGCUGAGAAAUAUGCUCCUGAUAAUGCGUGGUUUGUUCAGACAAUGAAUGCUGUAUUUUCAGUGGGAGGAGAUGUUAUGCAUCCUGAUAUUCCCAAUAACUUUCUGAGAGUGCUAGCAGAAGGUUUUGAUGAUGAAACAGAAAAUCAACAAUUAAGGCUCUAUGCAGUUCAGUCUUAUUUCACUUUACUAGAUGUGGAAAAUGUGUUCUACCCACAGAGAUUUCUUCAAGUUAUGAGUUGGGUUUUAGGGGAGUAUUCCUACCUCUUAGAUAAGGAAACGCCAGAGGAAGUUAUAACCAAGCUCUACAAGUUACUUAGAAGUGACUCCAUUUCUUCAGAAACAAAAGCCUGGAUAAUUGCUGCUGUGACCAAGUUGACACCUCAAGCACACUCUUCUAAUAUAGUUGAGAGAUUAAUCCAGGAAUUUACCACAUCUUUGGAUACUUGUUUGAGACAGCAUGCAUUUGAAUUAAAACAUUUGCAUGAGAAUGUGAAAUUUAUGAAGGGCUUGCUUCCAGUUGAUAAGAGUUGUGAAGACAUGGUGGUAGAUGCUUCCUUAUCUUUUCUGGAUGGUUUUGUGGCUGAAGAACUAAGUCAGGGGGCAGCACCUUACAAACCUCACCACCAACGGCAGGAGGAAAAGCUUUCUCAGGAAAAAGUUCUCAGUUUUGAACCAUAUGGACUCUCCUUUUCUUCAUCUGGCUUCUCUGGACGACAGUCUCCUGCUGGCAUUUCUCUUGGUUCAGAUAUAUCUGGGAAUAGUACAGAGACCGGGCUAAAAGAGACAAAUAGCUUGAAGCUGGAAGGUAUAAAGAAAUUGUGGGGGAAAGAGGGCUAUCUUCCCAAGAAGGAAAGCAAAACUGGUGAUGAAACAGAAGCUCUGCCAGUCCCUCAAGAGAAUAUAAUAAUGGAGAAUGUAGAUCAAAUUAUAACAAAAAACGAUCAAUCUCAAGCCCUUACCCAAUCUAAAGAAGAGAAAGAAAAGCAGCUGCUGGCAUCAUCAUUAUUUGUUGGGCUAGGAUCAGAAAGUACAAUCAAUUUGCUAGGAAAAGCAGAUACCCUUUCUCACAAGUUCAGAAGGAAAUCAAAAGUCAAGGAAACCAAAAGCGGGCAAACAACCACUGCUCAAAAUAUGACCUGUUCUUCCUUUAGUUCUUCAUCAAAUGUGACUUAUGAAGAAGACUAUUAUUUGGAUCAUUUGCAGGAUAGAGGAGACAAAGAAGUAAAGAAAUUUUCUCUUAAUUCAGAACUUUUAGAUUCUGAGUCACUCACAGAACUGCCCUUGGUUGAGAAAAUCUCAAAUUGCAGGCUGUCUACACCCUCUUUGUUUGCUGAUAACAACAUGGAAGUUUUUCACCCUCCUCAGUCCACUGCAGCCUCAGUUGCCAAUGAAAUAUCUUUAGCUGCUUCUUUGUUGGAAGAAACUACUGAACACAUGCAUUCAGAUCUUAUGGAGGUCUGUAAUAAUGAAACCAUAUCAGUGUCUUCUUACAAAAUUUGGAAAGAUGAGUGUUUGUUGAUGGUCUGGUCAGUUUUUAAUAAGAGUGCUUCAGAACUGAAAAGUGCUAACUUAGAAAUUGCUCCUGCAGAAAAUUUCAAGAUCACUGAGCAACCUGGAUGCUGCUUGCCUGUAAUAGAAGCAGAAAGCACCAAAAACUUUCAAUACAGUGUGCAGAUGGAAAAACCUUUUACAGAAGGGAAUCUUUCUGGUUUUAUAAAUUAUCAAGUGAUGGAUACUCAUUCUGUUCAGCUCGAAUUUUCAGUAAACUUAUCACUAUUAGAUUUCAUUAGGCCAUUAAAAAUCUCGACUGAAGACUUUGGUAAACUCUGGUUAUCCUUCGCAAAUGAUGUGAAACAAAAUGUGAAGAUGUCAGAAUCACAAGCUGCUCUGCCUUCUACCUUAAAGGCCCUGCAACAGGAACUAAGACUUCAUGUUGUUGACAUUAUAGGCAAUGAAGGGCUGUUGGCCUGUCAGCUGCUCCCAUCCAUCCCCUGCUUGCUGCAUUUCCGAGUUCAUGGUGACAUGUUAGCCCUGUGGUUCAGAUCCUCCUGCUCUACUCUUCCUGAUUAUUUACUAUAUCAGUGUCAAAAGGUGAUGGAAGGAUCCUAGCAGAAGCUCUGCUUAUAUUUUACUCCCUCAAAAUAAAUUGUUUACAUAGAUAAACUAAUUUACCAAAGUAAAAAGGACUCAUGGUACUUCUAAUGAAAAUGGGGAUUAUUAUAAGUGUGGUUUUAUGUGUUUUCUUUAUGAUUCCUGAUCAAGAAGGAUCCCCAAGAAACUGUACCCCUAACCUUUUACUCAGGAUUGUACAGUAUGUUUGGGUCCUAAAACAGUGACCUAAGCUAAUGUUAUAAACUGCUAAUGAUUUAUAUAUCACUUAGUGUAGAGGGACUGAAAAUAUUUAUUUUGUUAUAAAUAAUUUUAUAGCAGAUUUACUCUAGUGCUGCCUGAUGUAUAGUAAAGCCAAGUCUCAGUUCUCUGCAUUAGUGGAGGGGAGACAUGGACUUAAUAAUCCCAAAUCGAAUUCAAAUUUGGCUUUGGAAUGCAAUGUAUGCUAUUUGGUAGGCAAGUCAUUACUUUCAAUAAUGUUUUGCUUAGAUCAGUAUUGAACUAAGUUGACACAGCACACACUAAUAGUUCAGGAGAUCCAUGAGCAUGUUGGAUAUUGGGGGGAUCCAAUCUGUGGUACAGUUUUUUUUUUUUUUUUUGUGGUACGCGGGCCUCUCACCGUUGUGGCCUCUCCCGUUGCGGAGCACAGGCUCCAGACACGCAGGCUCAGCGGCCAUGGCUCACGGGCCCAGCCGCUCCGCGGCAUGUGGGAUCCUCCCAGACCGGGGCACGAACCUGUGUCCCCUGCAUCGGCAGGCGGACUCGCAACCACUGCGCCACCAGGGAAGCCCGGUACAGUUUUUAUUAUAGGUAACUUGUUACACAUAAUUACAGACAGUUAGGCUAUAAAAGUUGUUUUCCACUUGCGUUUAUUUUUAAAAUUCAAAAUGAAUCACUGUAUUCUUGUUUUACAAACUCAGAGCCAUUUACAAAAUAUUGUAUAGAAACAAAAUCUGUAAGAGCACACAGUACUAAAGCAAACAGCUAUAAAAGGACUUUUCAGUUAUGGCAAAUAUCUUAGUUUCCACUUGGGUUUUUUUUUUUUGGCAAAUUAAAAUUUGUGAUUAGAGUAUAAAUGGCAAAACCAUCUUUCCUGGGCUUUGAAUCCACUAGUACUCAAUGGAUACAACCAGAAGAGUGACUGUCUAAGUAUACCAUACAGGUUCUUCAGUAAAAUAUAUGAUUUUUAUGUUAUAGUUGUGCCUAUAUAUAUGGCCUUUGUCAGAAAAGAGGUUAAGCCUAAUAUGAAUGAUAGACCAGAAUCUUGAGAUUAUACAUUAAUGUUAAAAACUGAAAUAGUAUUUUAUAAAACCUUAUGGUGCUGUGGAAAAUAUUUAUUAUUUCACUUUUUCUGAUACUUCACCAUGGAAACUAUUCAGGUAAUAUACUUUUAAGUCAUUGCAGUUAAUACUCUGGUUAAUUGGUACUGUUUAUCACCCGGGUGUGGAAUUGUGGUUUUAGGUUAUCUCAUUAUUAAUCAUAGCUGAUAAAGAUGCUGAGGAGAUUCCCCAAAGCUGAUAGAGUUCAUUAGUCAUUUGUGUUUAGCAUAUCUCUCCCUAAAAACAAAAGCAGCAUUAAAAAAAAUUAAUUUAUAAGUUACUGAUAAAAAAAAAAAAACACGUUAAUUUCAUGCUUUUGAAAAACAUACAGUGAAACCUUGCUGCAAGAGCAAUGAGAAGUGGCUAGAAUUUCCUGACUAGGUUUCUUCUUUUGAAUAGAAGAUCAGAUUCAUCCUCAAGCUCCCAGCAGUGUCAUGAUGAAGGGAAUGUGAAUGAUGGGGGAGUGGUGGACACUGGUGGCUGGACUCAUCAGCCUUCUCUUUAUUCCUGCGUCUGUCAGCAGCACCCUCCCACCCUACCUGGUUCUGCUGAUACUCUGACAAAGAGAUAGGAAGUGCCCUCUCACUUUGCGAAGGAACGUAGAGUGUGGCAGAAGAGGUGCUUCUGGUUUUUGUGUCCCUGCUUCCAUGUGUUUGCAUGGUCACCAAGGCUGGGUGUGGAGCAGUGGAUGUAAGGUGCCCAGCAAGCAGAUGGACAGCUAGCUGGGAGAGAUUACAGUGAGCUACUGUGCUGCUUUGUUACAGGGUGUUCAUGGGUGACAGUAGCAGUUUUCAUGAGAGACGUGCUUGGCCUACAGCUCUGUCUAAUGGUGGGAAAUGUGUAAUGGUAGGUUAGGGCUGGGAGCAUGAUUUGGGGUCUGCCAAGGGGAACAUGGUGUCACUUUUGUUCUUUCCAAACCCACUACAUAGAAAGUAGGGUAACAGUUUCUACUGAAAUGUUUAGUAGAAUGUUUACAUUUUUAUAUUUUUAUGGUUUUUAAAAACAAACAGUAAUAGGAAAGAGUAGAUUUUAAAGAACUUUAGAGCAGUGUAUAUUCUACCUAAACUAAUGUUUUAAGUUCUAGAUCAGGCAUCACCAACCUUUUUUGCAUUGUAGGAGAUGUGAUUAUGAAGUAGGAAGAACAAUUUUUGUGGGCAGAUUGUCUCUUUACCUUCUAGUCAUAAUUUAGUCAAGUAAAGGGGCAACAUCUGGAGUGAGAGCUAUUGUGGGGGAGACUCAGCUGUGUGAGUUCUGUGCUGGGCAUCUUUGCUGAGAAUGCAGGUGGCAACAAGUGUGAAUCUGGGGAGAAUGAAGGGAAGACAGGAAAGCCUUAAGAGCAGGUGGAGCAAAAAGGAUCAGGCUCCCACCAGAAUAGUCCCUGUGGAGUCAGGCAGAUUAGUCUCAGGGGAAUGUGGGCCCCCGAGUAAGGGUCCUUCUGAAAAAACUGCAGAUGGAGGCCGAGCAGUUACCAAGUGCUAAUGUGCCAAGCAUGCCAAGCACCACACACGCUCUGCAGAGGAGCAUUAUUCAAGACAAUAUUCUGUCAUCUACCAAAACAAUUGUGGUGAAAAUGCAGUACUUUAUUUGUUCCUUUAUUUUAGUUCAUGUCAUGAAUAUUUUAAAAUAUCGAGUUUUUUUUUUUUAAUGGAUAAAUGUGGUCUUUGUCUCAUGAUUUUGAGUCACUAAAAGUGCACUGAACCGAUUCACAUGUCUUUUAAGGUGUUUGUUUUCAAAAUUUAGGAGGGAAAAAUGCAAGUGAAUAACAGCUUACCAGGCAUUAAUUACCUUAUUUUGGAGUUGAAUUCUGUAAUAUGAAAAAAAUCAUUUAAACGUAAUAAAUAUUAAGUGAUCUAUAUUGUU